AUGGCCUCUACUUUCGACGAUGAGGAGCUCUCCAUGUCACUCUCUGGGCCUGCAGCAGAACGUCGCAAUCAACGACAUGCGGCCAGACCCAGGACAGACUCUCAUCAAGCUGCUAGCCGAGUAGCCAAGAUCCCUGCCGACCGUCGCAUUGCCCAGCAAAUAGGUGCAUAUGACGUCGUACGGACACUAGGUGAAGGGUCCUUUGGCAAAGUCAAGCUGGCGACCCACCGCUUCACCAAACAAGAGGUGGCGCUCAAGAUCAUAUCGCGCAAGAAGCUUAUAUCAAGGGACAUGGCGGGGAGAGUUGAAAGAGAGAUUCAAUACCUGCAACUGCUAAGACAUCCGCAUAUCAUCAAACUUUACACCGUCAUCACAAGCCCCACAGACAUCAUCAUGGUACUCGAAUACGCUGGGGGAGAACUCUUUGAUUACCUUGUCAAGCAUGGAAAAAUGGCAGAGACCAAGGCUCGUCGGUUUUUUCAACAAAUCGUCUGUGCCGUGGAGUACUGCCACCGGCAUAAGAUCGUCCAUAGAGACUUGAAGCCAGAGAAUCUCCUGCUCGAUUCUGACCUCAACGUCAAAAUUGCCGACUUUGGGUUGAGCAAUAUCAUGACGGAUGGCAACUUCUUGAAGACCAGCUGUGGUAGCCCCAACUAUGCGGCGCCUGAGGUGAUCUCGGGGAAGCUGUAUGCUGGGCCAGAGGUGGACGUCUGGAGCUGCGGUGUCAUACUUUACGUUUUGUUGGUCGGCCGCCUGCCAUUCGAUGACGAUUUAAUUCCGGCACUCUUCAAGAAAAUCGCCACCGGCUCGUACCAGACGCCGCCCUUUGUAUCUUCUGGGGCGAAGCAUAUUAUCCAUAAGAUGCUAAAAGUCAACCCGGUUCAGCGCAUUAGCAUUCCAGACAUCCGCCAGGAUCCAUGGUUUAAUGAAGGUCUCGAGGAUUACUUGAAGCAGCCUGUCGAGGAAUUCAUCGACACAGGAGUUGAUCCAAAUAAGGCCAUAGAUCCGCGAAAAUUGGCACCUGGAAAGCCGCCGGCCGUGCAGGAACAGAUUCAUGAGUCUGUGAUCGGUAAAUUGGGGAAAACAAUGGGUUACGCCAAGGACGAUGUACAGGAUGCACUUGGCAAGGAUGAGCCAAAUGCGAUCAAAGACGCGUACUUGAUCGUGAGAGAAAAUCAGAUCAUGCAGACAAACCCGAAUCUCACGCAUGCCCAAAAUCUAGGCUUCCUCGCAACCUCACCACCAGCAUGGAAUUCGACAUCACACCAAUUCUCUUCGCCAAUGGCUGAGGCUGCCCAGUCAAACUUUAACAGCUUCCCCACCCGUAAAAAUUAUCAGCAGCUACGUGAAGCUCAGCUGGACUCAGCUACCGCAUCGGCAGGCACUGAGCCUAACUCCUCUACCCAAGAGACUGCUGUCGACACGACUCGUGAAGAGGCACUGGAAAAGCCAUAUGUCAGCAAGAUUGGUAUCCUAACUACGAGUCUACCUAUGUACCACAAUCAAAUUAUGGAAAUGCGACGGGCGGAUCAACGCCGUAGGCGUGCAGAAGAACGAGGCGAGGCUCUCGAGCUUGAGGGAAUGGACAAGCUUUCCAGAAUGUCACUCGAUGUCGAUAGCCGUGAGCAGACUAGUGAGGAGCAAGCUGAGACUGCUCGGCGUCUGAAACCACACUCUCGGUCCACCAUUCAGCUUCAGACAAUCACUGCCAACGCCUCCAAAGAUCCCACGGGGGUCCUCAUCACUGCUCCCAAGACAAAGGGUAAUCGCACCAAAUGGCAAUUUGGCAUUCGAAGUAAAAGCGAGCCACUAGACGCAAUCAAGUGUCUUUACAAGGCAUUGGGUUCAAUGGGGGACUGCCAAUGGCAAGUUGCGGAACCUCAACAGAACAAGCCUCGCGAUGGUGCUCCUUACCCUGUCAACGUUGCUGGAGCCACUCAUCUUACCGCGGCCGAAUCUACGCUUUCUGAGAGUCCUGAGAAAGACAAGCACCAUAUACGUGGUGGCCAUCGCGCUGCCGUCAACGAUCCUUCAGAUUCUAGUGGGGAUGAUGCCGCCGCUUCCGAAAGCGACCGCACUGAAGCCCGACCUUCCUAUGAGGACGACUCCGACAGCGAGAACGAUGAUGAUGUCGAUAUCAACCAUUUUCCUCCGGGCUACAUACCCAAAGAUCCUUGGUGUAUCCAUGUCCGUUGGGAGAAAAAGGGCAUGUCCCCACCCGGCGUGAUCAACUCCAAUUCUGCACAAAGCAGCCGCAUCGACCUCAACAGCAACGAUGGAUCAGGCCGACGCGGUAGUGUUACGCUUGGUAGCCUGAGCUCGGCAGCCGGAUCUGCGACCAGCGUUGCCGGCAUAGAGCAUAUCAUCGACAACUUCGACAACACUGCCUGUUUCGUCUACCUGGACCUUCAGAUCUACGUCCUGGAGCUAGAAACCUACUUGGUAGACUUUAAGUGUGCCGGGUACGAGUCCAUUAUUGGAGAACAUAAGACGGUGAACAAGAAGGGUGAGGAGAUCACGGAAUUCAUUGGGUCUGGAUAUAGGGUUGCAGACAAGGACGUUACCAGUCCUCAACCAUUCCUCGAUCUCGCCAACAGACUCGUCAUACACCUUGCGAGGGGCGGAGGAUAG